UCAAGACCGACAUACAGUCAGGGCUGGUUUUUUUUAAGCACUUGAAAAAAACCCUACCCCUCCCACAAAAGACUCACGUAAUCACUCUUGAGAACAAUGUGCAAGAGUAAACCUCCACAGUCAAGCCAUCCUGUUAAUGCCCUUAACUGCUCAGAGGAGCCAAGAAGCUACAGAGAUGUCUACUGAGCUUCCCGCAACAACAGUAGCUGCAGAAAUGGACUCUCACACAACCUCUGAGACCAACAUUUCCACCUGUGACUUAUAUGAGCACAAAGACACGGCACGGAUAUUACUGUCUGUCUUCUACGGCUCCAUCUUGAUUCUCGGGGUGCUUGGAAACACCAUUGCCCUCACCGUCAUUUUUAAAAACAGAAAGAAGAUCAACUCCACUACCCUCUAUUCAACAAAUCUCGUCUUCUCUGAUCUGCUGUUCUGCAUUGCCUUGCCCACCAGGAUAGCCUACUAUGCCAUGGGAUUUCACUGGCCGUUUGGAGAAGCGUUGUGCAGAAUCACCGCGCUCUUGUUCUACAUCAACACCUACGCAGGUGUAAACUUCAUGACGUGCCUGAGCAUUGACAGGUUCUUCGCUGUCGUCCACCCCUUCCGAUACAAGAUCAGAAGGAUUAAAUAUGCCAAGGCCAUUUGUGUCUUUGUCUGGUUUCUUGUAUUUAGUCAAACUUUCCCAUUACUUAUACAAUCCAUGUCACACGAAGAAAACGAAAGGACUACAUGUAUGGAAUAUCCAAACUUUGAGAAAAUAGAACAUCUACCAUUUAUACUUCUUGCUGCCUGUUUAAUAGGGUACCUUAUUCCCCUGGGGAUUAUUCUAUUUUGCUAUUCCCAAAUCAGUUGCAAACUUUUUCAAACAGCCAAGGAAAAUCCACUGACUGAAAAAUCAGGGAUAAACAAAAAAGCCAUCAAUACAAUCAUAUUUGUAAUUAUAGUGUUCAUCAUCUGCUUUACUCCUUAUCAUGUUGCAAUCAUACAACACAUGAUUAAGAAACUUCAGCAUGAACCCUUGUGCACUGAAAAGAAAAUUUUCCAGAAGUCACUCCAUUAUACUGUAUUUCUGAUGAAUUUUAACUGCUGCCUAGAUCCUUUCAUCUAUUUCUUUGCAUGCAAAGGAUACAAGAGAACUGUACUGAAAAUACUGAGACGACAAGUGAGUGUAUCAAUUUCAAGUGCUGCCAGGUCACAUCAUGAAGAAAGCUCACGUGAUGCAGGAGAAACACAAAUGACGGUACUUCCUAAAUCUUCCAAUGGAAAACUACCUGAAAAAUAAAGUUUGUAGUACAACAUAGUGGACCAAGACUAAAAAUCCAGGGUCCAUAGCAAAAACGGUCAGUGCUCUCCUACAGCAGUUUAAGUAAAAUUCUGUUUUCUCAGGAUGUCAGGGAAUCAAGGAGAGAUGGACUGAAAAAGAUUUGUCACAGGACAGCAGGAAAACUCAGCAGUAUAAUCUUUUUGCUGUAUCCUUUUGACUGAUCUCUUAUCUUUUUCAGGAAAUAUGCACCAUUGCGAACAUUCAGAUUCCAUGCUGCACAUACAUAUACCUGGGUGUUACUAACUCAAACAGAGUCAAAUCACAGUUUGGGAGGAGCACAAAUAAAGCUUACAAUUCAGAUCAACUACAACCAGAACAUCUGAAAAUUUCAAGGCCUCUAGCUGAGCUCCAAUUACAGCAACAGGUUUUGUUGGCACAGUCACACAAACAGAUGAAAAAUUUUGAGAUAAAAUGGA